AUGGAGGACGAUUCGCCAGUGAUCUAUGGCUUGGAGUUUAACGCAAGAGCCCUUUGUCCUCAACAUGCUGAAUCAGAUGUUAUCAGAUUUUUAGUUGGAUCUCAAUCCCUAAAAUUUGAAAAUCAGGUCCAUUUAAUAGAUUUYGAUGAUGAAAGUAAUAUCAUCAAUAAAAAUGUAUUCCUACAUUCUGUUGGUGAAAUCUGGUCAAUAAACUCAAGUCCAUUAGACAAAAAUAUCAUAUCAACCUGCUAUAACAAGGUAAAUGAUAACAAAGCUGAAGUUAAGGCUGCUAUAUGGAGGAUUCCACCAGUUGAUGAGACUGAGCCUCCUCCACCAGACUCACCAGGAUUAAGCCAUUCACCYAGUGGUGGAUAUGCAAGAUCAUUACAACUUGUAUGUGAACUUGACAACCAACAUGAAAAUWUAAAGAGUAUCCUUUGGAAUCCUUCUGGCAAUGGCUCCCAGGUCAUUUCUGUCUCUGAGCAGCAUUUAAAUCUUUGGGACAUCAACACUUCAACAUCUAUUCUAGAGUCUGUUGAUUCAGCAAAUCUGGUAGGAAAAGGACAACCUAAGUUCACAACAGGACGAUGGAAUCCACAUCAUGGAGGAUCACAAUUAGCAACAACAAAUGACACAACGAUUAGGGGCUGGGACUCGAGGACACUAAGGCAGGUGUAUGCCAUUGAGAAUGCACACGGUCAACUAGUGAGAGAUCUUGACUUCAAUCCUAACAAGCAGUAUCAUUUAGUUAGCUGUGGUGAUGAUUGUAAGAUCAAAUUCUGGGACACACGAAAUAUAGAAGAACCAUUGAUGGUUAUUUCACAACAUUCGCAUUGGGUUUGGAGUAUACGAUAUAAUCAUUUCCACGAUCAGCUUCUUCUGUCUUCAAGCAGUGACAGUAGAGUCAUUCUCCAUAACAUCAUYUCACUGUCAUCUGAACCCUAUGGGCACCUUGAUGAUGAAGAUGAUGAUGAUGACAAACUAGAAAAAAUAUCUCAAGAACCUGCAACAGAUGGAGUGAUAGCAACAUUUGAUGAACACGAAGACAGUGUAUAUGCAUCGGAAUGGUCAACCGCUGACCCUUGGGUCUUUGCGUCACUUUCUUAUGAUGGCAGACUUGUAAUAAAUCGAGUUCCUAGAGCAGAAAAAUAUAAAAUAUUGUUGUAGUUUUUAAACCAAUUUAACUGUAAAUAUAAUUAAAAAAACAUUUAAUAAAAGUGGUGGAUUUUUAGUUGGACUAGAAAACWUUUUAAGUUGCAUGGUAUUUUUGGAGAGAGGAACGAGCGACACUUGCUGGGAUGCC